GUCCAAGAGACAGAGCAAUACACGAAGCUGCCCUAAAGCAGAGCAGGAAAGCUGAGCAGCCUGAGGUGUAAAGCAAGCACCCAGCCAAAAGAUUCAGAGGGGCUGUCCUGGUACCACAGUAGGAGGAAGGCAAAGGGCAGGGAAAGGAUUGAUGGUGCAACCGAGGAGAGAAAGCAGGUCACCCAGCAGCUCAUCAGGGUAGCCAAAAAGGCAGAAAAGUGAAAUACUAAGAGAAAAGCAGAUUCUGCCCUAUCAAAACAGCAAAGAAGAGAGGGGAAGAACGGAAGCAGACCUGCACCAUGAGCACCAUCAAAUAUGAGAGGAUGGACAAUGAAGUUCCUGCCAUUCAGAGUCCACCCCCCUAUUCUGAAAAACAGCCCGAUGCAGAGUCUCCCCCUAUGCCGCACCAGAACCAACCUUAUUAUAGUCCAUAUAGUGGAGCGCAACCUCUGCAGACCAACUUCGUUGCAACUGUCCGGUCCACCAGUGAACCUGAUUACCUGGCCUACUCCAUAUUCACAAUGCUUUGCUGUUGCCUACCACUGGGCGCUGCUGCCGUUGCUUACUCGACACAGACCCGAUUAGCCAACCGUGAUGGAAAUAGCAUAGCUGCUCGGCGAAGCUCCAGGCUUGCACUCACACUGUCUCACUCAGCACUUGGGGUGGGGCUUGGGCUCUUGAUUCUGUAUAUCAUCUUUUGGAUAACCACUUCUCAGCAGGUAUUCGAAGAUCCACUGAACAGUCCCUGAGGAUGCACAAUGGGAUGUCCAUAUCUGGCUGACCCAGAUACCCACGUCUGGAUUGAAAUCAUGCUCUUUGAAUCAUUCUCUAAAGGGACAUACUCUGAGCUGGGUCACAUCUGCAUGCACAUCAUGAGUUUUCUGUACACUUGUUCUAACUAUUGAUAGAUUUGCAAUGAUCCCAAGUGAUGAACAUCAUCUGUGAUUCAGCUCUGGGAGACCCCAAUGUCCCAAACUGAAACUGACAGACAAAUUGAUGGGUGCCAUGGAUCAAACAGGAAAAAUUGGGUCCUUUGAUGGCUGAACAAUGUCCAUAUUCGUUGUUCUGUUAUUGCCAUUGAUUAAAAAUCACAAUCCAUCCCCUUAAAGUCAUGAGAUGCAUUUAGGUCAGUGUUCUUCAACCUUGGGUCCACAGAUAUUGUUGGAUUACAGCUCUCAUCAUCUCCAACCAAGGAUGACGGGAGUUGUAGUCCAUCAAUAUAUGGGGACCCAAAGUUGAAAAACACUGGUUGAGAAUGUCUCCUGCAAGGAGUACCUCUCCUUUCUCAUUCUCCCAACUAGAUUUCUUUCAGUUUCCAAAGUGUUCCAGGUCUUGUCCCCCUUGUCUGCUCUCUUUUCUGAUCCUCUUAUCAGUGCUCCCCGGCUUCCCUAGGUCUGCUGUCCAUACUGUUCAACAUUUCACAAAUAAAAACAGGGGCAUGCUUGUAACAGCCCAGUUGUCAUAACACAAAUUUCAGCCCCAGCCCUGGCCCCCAUCUGACCCCAUUCCACAUUGCUCUACUUGCUCUGCUCCUUGCUCCUUUAUCCCAAAAUAGCCUCUUUGUGUUUUUGAUGCUUGAAGGCAUUUGUAAGCUGCUUGGAAAGCCCUUUGGGGCAAAAUAAACAACAGGCAAUCCUGGUGAUUUCAA